AUGAAGACGCAGUCCGUGGGUUUCAGAAGAGCCCGCUCGGCCCUGCCCGGCAUCUGCGAGAGAUUCCGAGGUCGCCCCUCCCCCGCAGAGAGAGUGUGUGCCUUCUCUGAACGGAGAGGGAGGAUUAAAUUGUGUGACAUCAGCUGCACGCUCAGCAGCAGCAGAGGCUACGGCAGUGUCGGUGGGAGGAGCCGCAGUGCUCCCCAGAGCCGAUCACCUGCAGACCAGCCCACCCGCUUCUCCCCAAAAACCUCCGGGUCUCUGACCUUCCAGUCCGCUCCUAACACGCUGCUUGCCACUGCCCUGGAAGCAUCGUAG